AUGUCCAACGGGUACCCAGGGCAAACUCAGCAGCAAUGGACCCAGUUUCCCCACCAGCCGCCCCGUCUUCAGCUCGAACAUGAAUUCGACUUUACGCCCCAGCAGCCACAGUUUUCUAACUCGUUCCAAUUCUCUGAUGAUUUCUCGUCUCGUCCCUUCUCCUACUCUCGCACACACAGUCCAUCAGGAUCGGUUGACCACCACCACUACAACCAGAACUAUCCCCAGUUUGAUCAAAGCUCGUAUCUUUCCACCGACCAGCGCGAAUAUCAUGGCAAUAGCGCGCCAUACAACUUCCAGUCUGCAUCGACACCUACGCCUUUGACUGCCAAUGGUCUUGGCCCGAUUACAACUAGUCCCCAGUCCAUCGUCGCACCCACAUUGCCUCAGCCAUCUGGCCGUGGCUCUGGAUACUAUAAUCCGCGUGCAUCCAACACGGGUCAACAGCCCAAAACAAAGCGCCCACGCGGGCCGACAACUACAGUUGAUGUCAAGGAAGAUGAAAUCGAGCCAGAGUUGGAGGAGGAGGGAGGUGCUCGGGCGAAACCACCCGGAGCUUGUGCCCGAUGCAAGAAUCUCAAAGUUAAAUGCGAGUUCAAGACGGACACAGACCCUUGUAAGCGCUGUUUCAAUGGUGGACAUGAAUGCGUGACACCUGGGCGCAAGAAGCGACGAACACCGCCGAAACGGGAACAUUUGCUGAACCAAAUUCGUGAACAAGCGGCCGAUAUCCAGAAGCUUAUGUCCCAACUGGAAGAAGCAAACGCUCGACAUGCCCGUGCUCCCAACUCGGCUGCUACCGAUGUUUUCCCACCCCUCACGCCGUCCUCUGGCUUACACUCUCCCGUUUUAUCACCGACGUCGCCCACGUUCGGUAGUGACUCCACCAAAGUGAACUCAGCCACCAAUAAAGUUGUCGAGGACUGGAUCGCAAAGGCAAGAGAUAGUCUUGCUGAGUUUGAUGGAUUUAUUGGCAUUGGCGGUGCCGGAAUGCCCAAGAGUCUUCUUGUGAAAGAAGAUCUCGAGGGCUCGAGUAGUGGCGCAGAAGACGUAAUCGACAGCGACGAUGGGAACACGGGAGAGUAUGAAAUCGAGGUCAUUGACUCCGACGGAGAGGAAGUUUCGCCCCGCAGCAGACGCGGAGUCAAGCUACGCCAGAUGUCCAAUACGUCCAACGACCCUCGCUCACCAAAGAAGAAGGAGUCGGGCGGUGAAAAGCUUGCUACGCUUCCUACUGAAGCAAGUCCGUUUGGCCUCAUGGCGGACCUCAGCCUCAAGAAGGGUCGGGCAGAGAGUCCCGAAGCAGAAAUGGGCAGCGAGUCAGUGCCUGCCUUGGGUAUCGCCAGCGAUAGCUUUUUCCGCUCCAGCCCAGCUCCGGACCUCAUGCGGUCUCGUCCACUCGAAGACCAUCCCGCUCUUCCCCAUAUUUUAACCAGAGGCCUUAUAACGCCCCAAGAAGCAGAGAAGUUAUUCGAUAUGUUCAUAUUUCCAACGCAUGAACCUCUCUGUCUCAUUACUAGAUCCCGUCUUGUACACAGCAUCCAAGACGUGCUAUCGGAGUCCCUUUUCUGUUCACCGUCGGUGGUGUGCGCCAUUGCAUCGCGAUUUUACACGGAGCGGCCAGAGUUGUACUCCCAGGCGAUGCACUAUGCGCAGCUAGCUGCAGGGACAGCCCUCAUCAGCGGCCAGAAAUGUGUCGAGUCCGUCCAAGGCUAUAUUCUCAUGUCGCUCUACCCUGUUCCCGCAAGACGUUGGGAAGAUGAACGUGGCUGGCUGUAUCUUGGGCUUGCUAUCAGACUUGCUAUAGAUCUUAAUUUACAUCUUCCUAACACGGCACAGCCCAUUAACGAAAGCCAUGCCCGGGAAAUGCUCAACCGGACGCGGGUUUGGCUCAAUUGCUUCAAUCUCGAUCGUUCCACGGGUUCCCAAUACGGCAAGACACCGACGAUUAGUAAUGCAGAUUACAUGGCCAACCACUCGGAAGAUUGGUGGCGCAGCUCGCCGUAUAAUAUGCGCAACUUUGAUAUUCAUACGUGCGCAUAUAAUUCGGAAUUGAGGAACGUCGACUUUGAACGUGUUGCGUCUGAUACGGAUGAACAGCUCAAGGAGCUCGGUGACAAGUGGCAAUCGCUCGUCAACGAGGCGACAGACAUGACAGACUCCCAGAACAGGUUCCGAAGCGGGCUUCUCAAGCUGGCCUACAGCUAUGCCCGUCUGGUUGCGCUGUCCUUCGGCUUCCAGCACGCAUUUGGCAAAAACAACACUGAUGAAAACCCCUUCUUGAUGCGGUGCUUGGCGGCGGCCUCGGAUGUCGUGGCGGCCAUGGUUGAAGCCGUUGGACAACCUGACCAACGGAUCUAUCUUAGGCAUGGCCCCAUCGCGCAGAGUGUCUUUGUUACAUUUGCGGCAUCAAUGCUGGUGAAGCUCCUUCAACCCAAGUUUGCUUCCUACCUCACUCCCGACAAGCGGCAAGAAAUGCGGGGGCUGGUGAAGAACGUGAUCGACCUCUUGGGGUCGUCCGACGUGUCUAUCGACGACAAGCACGGCCCAAAUCUCUACGCGAAGUUCCUCAAAGGUCUGCUUGCGGCGCCACUCGCAAAGGAGGGUAACAAACGGAAACCGACCCGGUCCAACUCGGGCCAGCCGAGCGAAAGCAGCGAGUCCACAGUGUCAAGCCACCCAUCGCCUGACACAACGCAUUCGCUGUCACCCCCCGCUACCACCGCCGCCCUCUCUUUUGACCGCUUCGCCCCGCCGCUUGGUGCGGGUGUCGACCCUUUCAUGCCCUUGAGCACCAACGGCCUCGACGAUAACACCUCCGCACCCGACUUUUUCCCGCCAUCUCUCCCGUUCCACGACCCGAUGCAAGGGAUCCAGUCUCUUGCCACCAACUGGCCCGAAGGUUCGCCAACUUGGUUCUUCGCCGUGAUCGGUGCUCAUGUCCUUCACAGACUUUUCAUGGGUCAACCAAAUGCCGAACCAAGACUUUAG